GUAAAGCCUCUCUCUCUCUCUCUCCUUUUUGCAAACAGGAGAAAUUCUAAGUGUGAGUGGUCUCUUCUCGGUAGUACUAUAUAUUUAUGUGCUUACAGGGUUUCACUUUGAAGGAGUCAAGCCAAAGUUAGCAAAGGUGUGAAGAGAGAAACUCCACUAACCUCAACUCUCUCCUUUGGUGUAUCUCCGAUAUCAUUCUUCCAUCAUCGUAUAAGCCUCUCCAUAAUUUGCCACCACGAACCAUCAUGCCUCAGAACUGCAUAGCACCAAGACCUGAAGAAAAUGGCGGAGGCCUGGCACAAGGUCAGGCGGACAAGUCAGAGAUGCAGGACAAGGCCGUACUGGCUUUCCCCAUCAUGGCCAAUUCACAACCUGGUUUCCAGCAAACCUUGUACCCGAUAACUCUCAAGUUUGAGGAGAUUGUCUACAAAGUUAAGAUUGAGCAGAAGGGUUCGUGCUGGGGUACCUGGAGCAGCAAGGAGAAGAGGAUCUUGAAUGGCAUAACGGGAAUGGUUUGCCCGGGAGAGAUAUUGGCGAUGUUAGGUCCAUCAGGAAGUGGCAAAACCACUCUUCUUUCAGCACUUGGAGGGCGUCUCUCUGGAACUUUCUCUGGGAAAAUCACAUACAAUGGUUUGCCUUUUUCCGGCUCCAUCAAGCGCAGAACAGGUUUUGUCGCCCAGGAUGAUAUUCUGUACCCUCACCUCACUGUCUGGGAAACCCUCUUCUUCACUGCACUUCUGCGUCUACCAAGCAGCUUGACGAGGGAUGAGAAGGCUGAUCAUGUGGACCGAGUUAUUACAGAACUGGGAUUGACUCGGUGCCAAAACAGCAUGAUUGGAGGGCCCUUGUUCAGAGGAAUAUCAGGAGGAGAAAAAAAGAGGGUCAGCAUUGGUCAAGAAAUGCUGAUCAACCCGAGUUUGCUCCUUCUCGACGAACCGACGUCUGGUCUUGAUUCGACCACUGCUCAACGUAUUGUGACCACAAUCAAACGGCUAGCUUCUGGAGGAAGAACAGUUAUCACCACCAUUCACCAGCCGUCGAGCCGGUUAUACCACAUGUUCGACAAGGUGGUUUUGCUGUCUGAAGGUAGCCCCAUUUACUACGGCCCUGCAUCUUCAGCCCUUGAGUAUUUCAGCUCUGUCGGGUUCUCCACUUCCAUGACAGUCAACCCAGCUGACCUCUUACUUGACCUUGCUAAUGGAAUCACACCUGAUUCUCAAGCAGAGAACUCGGAGCAAGAGCAAAAGACAGUGAAAGAAGCCCUUGUUUCAGCUUAUGAGAAGAACAUUUCUACUAAACUGAAAGCUGAACUCUGCAACUCCGAAUCGCAUGGAAAUGACUAUGCCAAAGCUGGUGGAAACAACUUCAAGCCAGAACAAUGGUGCACAAGUUGGUGGUACCAGUUCAGUGUGCUGCUCCAAAGGGGGGUCAGGGAGAGGAGAUAUGAAUCAUUCAACAAGCUUAGAAUUUUCCAAGUCGUCAGUGUGGCUUUUCUUGGCGGCCUUCUGUGGUGGCACACGCCAAAAUCUCACAUUCAAGAUAGAGUUGCCUUGCUAUUCUUCUUCUCGGUCUUUUGGGGCUUCUACCCACUCUACAACGCAGUUUUCACAUUUCCUCAAGAGAAGAGAAUGUUAAUCAAGGAACGAUCUUCCGGAAUGUACCGUCUUUCCUCAUACUUCAUGGCUAGGAAUAUCGGUGACCUGCCCCUGGAACUCGCACUUCCAACCGCGUUUGUGUUCAUAAUUUACUGGAUGGGUGGGCUCAAACCUGACCCCACUACAUUUAUCCUCUCACUACUGGUUGUUCUCUACAACGUCCUUGUCGCUCAAGGUCUCGGCUUAGCCUUUGGAGCUUUUCUCAUGAACAUUAAACAAGCCACAACGUUAGCAUCCGUCACUACGCUUGUCUUUCUCAUUGCCGGAGGGUACUACGUGCAACACAUCCCUCCCUUCAUCGUCUGGCUCAAGUACCUGAGCUAUAGCUAUUACUGCUACAAGCUUCUUUUGGGUGUUCAGUACAGUGAUGACGAUUACUAUGAGUGCUCAAAGGGAGUUUGGUGCAGAGUUGGAGAUUUCCCGGCCGUUAAAUCAAUGGGACUGAACAGUUUAUGGAUAGACGUGUCUGUCAUGGCAUUGAUGUUGGUGGGUUAUCGGUUCAUUGCUUACAUGGCACUGCAUCGAGUGAAGUUGAAGUGAAGUCCAGCAGAAAGUAACAACUAGGAAUGGGAUGAACAAGAGACCACUGAGAGUUUUUCAGCCUGCAACCGAGGAAUAAUAUUAGUAUUAGACAAAAACAAUGAUGUGGAAUUUUGAUCAUAUCGGAUGACUUUUUUUUCCCAUUUUUUAGGCUAGAUGGUAAUACUUCUAAGUUUCAGAAUAAGACAGUGAAACCAUGUACGAGAUAAGAAGGGAAGCUAAGCAUAUACGAAUUUUCCAUU